AUGGCCUCAACGCCGGUCUUCCAAGUCAUCACGCCCAACGACUCCGAGCAGCAGCCCUCGUAUCCUACACGGUCCGUCUUUCUCGCCGGACCAACAGAGAUACCUUGGCGAGAAGGCUUCAUCGCCGCACUCAAGCAGCGCCUCACCACCACCAGCCUCACCAUCUUCGACCCUUUCCAGCCUAAGUGGGACAGCACGUGGAAGGAAGACGUCGACCUCGACCCCCGCUUCAAGGCCCAGGUCGAGUGGGAGCUCGGCAGCCAGGACAGGGCCACUGUCAUCGCCGUCUUCUUCCAUGGCGAGAGCAAGGCGCCCGUCAGCCUGCUGGAGCUAGGGCUCUGUGCCCGCUCCGGCAAGGCUGUGGUGGGCUGUGAACCGGGUUACUGGAAGAGGGGUAACGUGCAGGCUGUCUGCCGCCGGUAUGGUGUGCCGCUGGCGGACAGCCUCGGCGGGUUAGCGGCUAUCGCAGCGGAGAAGUUGAAGGAGAGCAAGGCUUGA